AUGGCGGAGACGGCAACGGCAAACUACCACAACCUGUUCUUAGCGCAGGUGGAGCGGAACCAGAUCCGGAUAUCGCGCACCUUACUUUUGCUUCUUUACGUCGUCCAUGUGUGCUACCCGCCGUUCACCCCGGUGACGUCUAAGUUCAUCCACUUGCAGUACCCCGUCGACGAGACCAAAUACUACGACAUCGGCCUCGAGGACGUCUACUACGUGAUCAACUGGGUGAUCACCCUCACCUUCUUGCGCAGCUACACCAUGCAAUACAUCUUGGCCCCCAUGGCGCAAAAGUUGGGCAUCCGGCUGAAGAAGGCGCGGGUGCGGUUCGCCGAACAGGGGUGGUGCUUCAUCUACUACUUAGCGUCGUUUGUGUUCGGCGCCAUCAUCUACUGGCACUCACCUUACUUCAUGAACGUCGACAACAUCUACCGGGGGUGGCCCCACUACCACAUGACCAAGUACUUCAAGAUCUACUACUUGAUGCUGAUGGGGUUCUGGAUCCAGCAGAUCUUUGUCCUCCACAUUGAGGCCCCGCGCAAAGACCACUGGCAGAUGCUCAGCCACCACAUCAUCACGGUGGCGUUGAUCGUCACCCUGUACUACUACUACUUCACCCGCAUCGGGAACCUUGUGCUCAUGAUCAUGGACCUGGUCGACGUGUUUUUGGCGGCGGCGAAGUUGCUCAAGUAUGCCGGUCAUCGGGUGGCUUGUGACGCCAUGUUCAUCGUGUUUCUCGUCCUGUGGGUGACGUUGCGCCACGGCUUGUACAACUACCUCUUCUGGCACGCGAAGACGAAAGCGGUGUCGUUGAUGACGCUGGCGGAGUGUGUCGCGGGGAUGGGGCAAAAGCGGUGCUGGAACACCCGCAUCGUCAACAUGUUCCUCGGCAUGUUGGGCGGGUUGCAGCUCAUCACCUUGAUCUGGAUGUUCAUGAUCGCCAAGGUCGCCUACAAAGUAGUCACGGGGUCGGGCGCCGAGGACGUCCGCUCCGACGAGGACGACACCGACGACGAGGCCGUCGACGCCGCCGUGGCUAAAAAGGAUAUGUAG